CACAAUGCUGUGUGAGAUUCCUGAGUCGCACGAAAACACUGCCGAGUGUGGCUGCCGACAUUUGGGCGCUCAGAGAAAAGGGAGUGUGUGGAAAUGACCGUGUGCAACUUCUUCCUCCAGGGACGGUGUCGAUACGGGGACAAAUGUUGGAAUGAGCACCCGGGAGAAGGAGAUGGAGGUGGAGGAGGAGGAGGUGGUGGAGGAGGAGGUGGAGGAGGAGGAUACAACAACAACAACAACUACAACAACCGCUCUUCUGCUCAGCAACAGCCCAGAGGAGGAGGAGGAGGAGCAGGAGGAGGGUUUGGAAACAGAGUUUGGGUGAAUCCUUCCCAGCAAAAAGCAGCCUACAUCCAGCCGUCAUCUUUCUCCUCUCAUGGAACUGAGGAGUGGGGUCGAGGAGGAGCUGGAAGCGGAGGAGCUGACUGGGGAAAGGAAGCAGCAGCAGGAAGUGGAGGAGGAGGAGGUGGAGGAGGAAAUGACUGGGGUAGAGGAGGUGGAGGAGGAGGAAAUGACUGGGGCAAAGGAGGAGGUGGUGGAGGAAAUGACUGGGGCAAAGGAGGAGGUGGUGGAGGAAAUGACUGGGGCAAAGGAGGAGGAGGUGGUGGAGGAGGAGGAGGCAAUGAUUGGGGCCGAGGAGGAGGAGGAGGAGGAGGAGGUGGCGGGAGGAGUGAUAACGUGAAGAGCUCUGAGUAUAGCUUCUCUGCUCAAAACCGAUUUUCAGCGCUUGAUACUCCCAGCACCUUUGACAGGGGAGGAAGAGGAGGAGAAAAGCAGGUGCCAGCUGGAGAGGAUGAUGAUGACAAAAAACUGGAGAUCGUCCAGUCGGACAUGGAUAGUUGGGAGAGUUCGGGCCAGUGGGGCUUCUCAUGUUAUUCCUACUCCAAGGCGCCUUUAUCUGGUUUCACUGAUCUUUCUCCAGAAGAGCUCCGACUGGAAUAUUACUCCACAAGAGAGUCUGGAGAUCUUCAGGGAUACGUUAACGGUAUCACUCAGUUGCUCAACCAGUGGAGAAGCAGAGUCCAGGAACUGAAGGUUAUGAAUCCAGCCACCCGCGCUGCUUUGCUUGCAGAGAUAAAUAACCCAGCACCUCAGGCAUCUUCAGGUGGCUUUGGUUUAGCAACAUUGACUGGAUUUGGAUCGUCUACAUCCAGCGUGGAAACCAAAGGCUUCGGGGCUCCAGCAGCGGCCGACUCCUUCAGCUUUGCUGCUCCGAGUGGAGGGUUUGGAUCUUCGGCUGCACCACCCUCCUCCACAGGGUUUGGCAGUGCCUUAGCAGCUCCUACACAACCCCCCUCUGGAUUUGGAGCCACUUCUCCAUCUACUUUCUCCUUUGCUGCUCCGACCACCGAUAAGCCAGCAGCAACUUCAGGAUUUGGCUCUGCCUCGGAGUUCACUUUCUCCUCGACAUCAAACACUGGAGCAGGAUUUGGGAGCGGUUUUGGCGCUGUAGCACCAGCGGCGGCGGAAAGCGGUAGUGUUUUUGGAGCGGCAAGUGGAGGGUUUGGGGCGACCGCUGCUCCCCCUGCAGCAGGAGCCGGGCCUGCGGGUGGAGCUUCAGACAGUCUGUUUUCACAUGUGAGCAUUAUGACUGCAGAGGAACUGAAUCAGUUUAAGGCUAAGAGGUUUACUCUCGGCCAGAUUCCUUUAAAGCCUCCCGCUGCUGACAUGCUGGUGGUGUGAUGGAAGGGACUUUUGAAAUAAAAAGAUAAUUUAUAGGAACAUAAGAUUUUUGCUUCUAAUUAAACCGAAGUCAUAUUAGUACUUUCUAUGAUAUGUUAAUGCGAAGCUUGAUGUUCAGCUGUAUAGUACACAGUACCUUUUUAGAUGGCCUUUUGUCAUAUAAAGUGAUGUUUGCAAUUGAUUGAAUGUAUUUUUUAAGGAUUUUUCUGAACUGGUUUUCUAAGUUUGACCUUUUCCCAUUUGGUGAAAUACUGGCAGUGAACCAUCAGUUGAUGAUUAAAGUUUCUAAAGGUUUGUUUGCAUGACCAUGUGAUAACCUA